UAUGCUCUGUCGUCUCUCCUCUCUCGAGCUACACUGCUUAUCCCUGUGACAAAAAUAAUAACAUCUCUCUUUCCUCUUUCAGCUCAGUAAUUCUCCGACAUGGUUAAUACGAUGAAAUGACAAUUAUGAAUGAUAGUAUUCAAGAUUAGAUUUUUACAUUAUAUUGUGAGUGAGACUGUUGAAUUAAGACUGGCAUUUUUCCGCAAAUGAAAUUCGGCUGAAUAUAAAUUGUUUCGUGCGUACACCCAACAACGUUUUUUCUCACGGAUCCCUUCAGAGCAUGUGAUCAUUCCUUUUUCCAGUCACAAUGCCGAUUGAUCUAUAUUUCUUCCCUCCAAGUGCGCCUUGCAGAGCUGUCUCACUCGCCGCAAAACUGAUUGGUGUGGAACUGAACAUCAAAAACACUAACCUAAAUACGAAGGAUCAUCUGACACCGGAAUUCCUCAAAAUGAAUCCACAGCACACGGUUCCAACAAUAAAUGAUAAUGGAUUCUUCCUUUUCGAGAGCCGCGCUAUCAUAAUGUAUUUGUUUAACAAAUAUGGGAAAGACGAUUCAUUGUACCCAAAAGAUGCUCAGAAGCGUGCGAUCGUGGACCAAAUGCUAUGUUUCGAUAUGGGCACUCUCUUCCAAAGAUUUACGGCUUAUUACCGACCAGUGAUCUACGAGGGAGUUCCCUUUGACCCGGAAAAAUUGAAAAAAGUCGAGGAGGCCAUCGAAUUUUUCGAAAAAAUGUUGGAAGCAAGAGGUGGCCCUUUUGCCGCCGGGAGCACUAUCACCUUGGCUGACGCAGCUUUGAUUGCAUCCAUCUCAUCAAUUGACGCAAUUGGAGCAGUUGACUUGAGCAAAUACCAACAUGUCAAUAAUUGGUUCAGCAGAUGCAAAUUAGCAAUACCUGAUUACGAGGGCGUUAACGGCGGAGGAAUUGCCGCCUUUAAACAACGCGUGCGACGUGGAGCGUCAAAAUAAUUACUAAAACUCAUCUCAAAAUAAAGACUAUGAAUAAAAUAAUAUAACUGUC